AAAGUCGAUCCUUUGCAGCGAGUUGCUGACAGCUCCCAGCGAAAAGUCGAGUUGCUGGAACUUUUGUAUUUUCAUCUACCUUGUCCAGGUCUACACAAAGGACAACAGAGAUGACUUUUUAUGAUGGCAUUUUCCCCUUCUAUCCAACAUCCAGGACACCAGUGGUGCUUAACACCAUCCAAAUUGUGGUCAUCAUUAUCUUUUUGGUCUUCCUAGUGGCCUUUCUUGUCAUCUUGAUAGGCAUUCGUGGGAUAGAAAAACUACACUGGUUCAUAAGGGUUACCCUGAGUCUCUUCAUCGGUGCCGUCAUUGUUGCUGUCAAUUUCACCAAUAACUGGGAGAGAGGCUAUGCCACAGUGAAUACAACGUACAAAUCCUUCAGCAAGGAGAAUGUCAAAGCAGAAGUUGGGAUUCACAUUGGAUUAAAAGGAGUAAAUGUAACUCUGAAAGGACUCCCCGAGACUCAACUAAAUGAAAUCAUCAACUACAAUGAAGAGUUCCUUUGGCAGUUUGGACUGAACUAUGACCACCAGUAUCGCAAAGGGCUAGAGAGGGGUCUUCCGAACCCAAUUCUGUACAUAGCAGAGAAGUUUACUCAUGCCAGCCCAUGUGGUGUGUAUUCGCAGUACAGGGUCUCUGGACAGUAUGCCUCCGCCACAAUGUGGGUGGCCCUGUGUGCUUGGAUGCUUUCCAAUAUCCUUCUGUGGCUAAUGGUCUUUUUAUAUGGAGGGUACAUGAUCCUAGUAACCGGCUUCUUCAUGAUUUUCUCACUGAUCUCAUUUGGUACCACAAGACAUGCUCCUCUCUGCGCCAUUCAGUUUGAUGAUAUGAAAUUACAGAGUUCCCUUGGGCCAUCCUUUUGGCUAACUUUAGCAACGGCUUUGCUCUGUUUGAUUAUUGGAGUGACCAUUGUAGUCAUGAGCCUUUUCGCUCCGACCAGGAUGAGCAAGGUCUUCUUGUUGAAUGCCAGCAAUAAUGAAGAGGACAUGUACGAGACAAGCUUUUAUAACCAGACUUACUGUGAUGAUGAUAAGAUGAAUCCGAGCUUGCCAUUGGAAAACAUAGAAAAAGCUGUAUAAUCGAGGGAGAAAAUCUGCCAUGAACUAUCUUCCCCUCAUGAUCAACUUCUUCUGCCCAGUAAACAUAAGACUUGUUUGCUUUUUCAGGACGUCGGAGUUUUUACCAUGUUCGUGCAUCUAGUCCCUUUUAAAUUCUAAUACUAGAGAUCACCACCUAAUAGAGAAUCACAACUUUUGUUUUUUUUUAGUUCUGUCCUUGUUAUUGUUUUCAUACAAAAAAAAGUUGAUGUGACCACAGCAGCAUCAACAGGUGACUGGUCUGCUCAGGAGAAAUUGAGUGCACAGCUGCUGAAAGCUAACCUCAAGAAUGUGGACACUAUCUGACUCAUUUUACAUCAGGCCACGCAGAGUUAAUAGUUGAAUAAGCUCAAGACAGAGGUCGAUAGAUUUCCAGAUGCUAACGUUAUCAAAGGGUGUGAAAACAGUGCUGGAAAAUCUCAUCCAAAUGGAAGAUCAGCCGUGAUUUAACGGAAUGGUGUGGAACAGGAUCAAGGGGUUUCAUGGCCUCUCCCUGCUUCAAUUUCCUAUGCUUGCUUGAGGAUUAAAUCAAAUACAGUUGCA